AUGAAGAAGAAGGCCGGCCGCCCACGGAAGAGUGUGGCCACAGAGUCGCUCACGUUUCCGUCGCUUCAUCCACAAGUUAUCGAGGCCGUCGGCCAAGACAUAUGCCCAGCGUGGGAAAACAAUUCAAAGCAAGAAGAUCAAUUUACCAAUGAAUACGACACGAAUGUCUCUGGUCGGUUCAGAUGCUCCACUCGGGCGUGCUCCAGAGUUUGGGGCAGCGGCCUAGUUGCAAUACGAAUAUUGGCAUUCCAUGGAAAUCGCUACAACGCCACAGUUUACAGCCAGCGUUGCAAAGGCUGCAACAGCCUCGGUAUUAUGAAACUCGACAAAAAGCGCUAUAUCGAGAGAGUGUCCUAUCGGCUUAAAAAAUGGGCAGGUAUUUCACAGGAAAUACCGCCCUAUGAAAAGUCAGGUGGUCCCCCACAUAUGGAUAAACUCUGCGAGGGAUGUAGUCAAGGUCACUGUCGGCGGGGAAAGCGCGAUGACAUUAUCUCUGGCUUGAAGGAUUUGACUUUAAACUGA